AUGACCGUGGCGCCCAGUCAGCAAAUGCAGCCCCAGCAGCAGCAGUACCAACAGCAGCAGCAGCAGCAGGCCAUGUAUAACCCGCAGCAAGUCCCCCAACAGCAGCAGCAAAUGAACCCCCAGCAACAGCAGAUGAUGAUGAACCCGCAGCAGCAGCAGCAAAUGAGCGCCUACAGUAUCAAGGCGCCGCCCGCAAUGACGUUCGGGGCCUCGUCCGCCGCCGUGGAGGAGCGGGCCACGCACCUGCUGGCGGCCUGCGAGUCGUGCCUCGUGGUCACGCGCGUGCCGGGCGUCGACAUGUCGUUCCACCGAAUCAUGGAGCGCAAGUGUCCGCGCUGCGGCGGCACGCUGGUGCUGCCCCAGGAGGUCAUGGAGAUGCUCAUCCUCUACGGCAACUUCGUGCCCGAGUCGGUGGCCGUCACGCUCGUGCUGGGCACGAUGGUGCUGCACCCGUCGCUGCGCGCGGACUUCAUGGCGGCGGCGAUGAACGAGCUGCUCAUCCCGCUGCAGACCGACUACGUCUACGAUGUCGCGGUGCCCAAGCGGCCAGAAGGGCUGGGCAUGUCGCUCCGCAUGCAUCAGGGCAACCUCGUGGUGGGCGGCUUUAUCGACUUCGAGAACAACAGCGAGAGUCCGUCGGUUGCAGCUCGGAUUAUCGCCGUGGACGAUGUGCUGGUGGCGAUCAACAAGAAGUCCAUCACGUCGUGGUCCUUCGAGAAGAGCAUCAGCAUGCUCGCCCACGCGGCGUCACCUGUGUACUUGACGUUCCGGCGGCGCCAGGGAGUUAUGCUGCUGUAG